CUUAAAACACCUUCUGCUAGGACAUGGGGCUGCUGCUGGGCUCUGCUCACAAACGCCACCCCUGCAGCCCCCUGCUACCAACAAAACCUUGCCACGUAACCCCAGACAUGCCCUGUUCACAUCUGUGCACAACCAGCAGCUGCCACAUGGUGGAUCCCUCCUCACUGUAACAAAGCCACAGAUGAUCCAAGCGUGAACAAGUCAGCAGAAGAGAAAAAUGGAGCCAGCUUCUUGCCCCACAGUCCCACCACACAGCUCUCCAUGGUCAGGACCCUUGAGCAGAUCACACUGUCACAUUUUGGGGAAUUUCAGCAGUUUCAAGCCGUCAAGGCUGUACUGCUUCCUGGACCAUACAAUCUUUUCCAAACAAAUAGUUUGGAUUUAGGUUCAGACACAGAUGUCCGGGAUGUGAAUCAGCUGCGGAUACAACUCCUACUGUGCCUACAUGUAAGUUAUGUCUCUAGGAUCUGUUGUAGUCACAGGCGUCAGUCAAUGCAGCAGAAUAUAGUCACUAGGGUGAACAAGGUCUAGGGCUGACCAAAUGUGGACAGUUUUAGUGUAGACCCUCUGUGAACUCUUGGACCAAACAUGCCUUGCCUUCCAUCAUUUUUGUAUGUUAGCUCGCCUUCCUCAGCAGUAGUGGCAACUCUUUUCCAAUGCAGCAGUGUUAGGAAAGCUUGCCUUUAUCCCUCCAAACCAGCAGCCCACUGGCAGCAUUUCAGGAAAAGACCUGGUGAUCCUCUGCUCUAAGUAUGUACCAAAUCAGCCUGUUUAUUGUUACUUAUUGUUAUUUCUGCCAUGCACACAACCUUAACCUGGCCAGAUAAAACUGUGACUAGAGAAGGGAGGACAUGUCACAGCUACAACUUAGAGUUUCCCAUGUGAAAUGUAAGACAGAUUGAAUAUUUGUUAUAUUCACCUCCCUGCUUUAUAAGGCUAAAUACAUCCUCUGCUCAAAGUAGCAAAGCUCAUCAGGAUCACCUCCUCUUUACACUACACAGGCUGAGUUCCCAACUUAGGGAAGCACAGGCCCAACCAAAAUAAUAGCUUGAAGACACAAAUCUGCUGUUGGUUUUGUAGACACGGAGGGUUUGGAGCAUCCUUUGAACUCCUAUAUUUGUUGUACUGCACUGUUGAAGUAUCACUACCUACUUCAGCAACAAUGAUGUGCUCCUCAGUUACUUACUCGGUCCUUUCAUUGCAUCUUGUCCAUUAAUUAGGCAUUAAAACACUAAGAUGACAAUGGCUUGAUUUUUUAAGUUCUGCAUAGAGUGGUUAAAUCAAGAAAUAGGUAACCUCUGAAAACGUGAUGUGAAUAGCCACCCUCAGACACAGUGGCCCAGGCAGUGGCCCUAUCAGGGCAGUCGGUGAGCGCAGCACAUGCCGCUGGACCAGCACAGCGAGGCCAGCAGCACCCAGGCUGCACCGCAGCUCUGCACAUGCUCUGUGUGCCAGCACAGUCCCAUUCACCCUCUGAAGGCUUGUUUACGGGCAGCACUCUGCUGCUGAGGCUGGGAGAGCUGCAGCAUCUCUCAGAGAUGCUCACAGGCAGCUUUGCUCACUGAAGACGUUUUUCAGAAGCUCGGCUGAGCUUCUAGGGAUGUCAUUUUAAGAGCAUCCAUAGCAAACAGAAUAUUCCGCUCCCAUCAGGCUAAUGAUCAUGUCCUUGCUUUGACAACAACAUGCAAACAUAAAGCAAGUUUAAUUCUCUGACAAGAAGAUGGGUGACAGCUACCACUGAAUUGUUUGCUCUAAUAUGUGGAAUUCCUCCCUGGAAACCCCAGAGAUGCUUUUUGCCUGGUCUGGUUGUAAAUGAUGAGAUAGAUCACAAUGGAUUUCAGUUCCUCAUCCGUGUUUGAUCAGCACAAAGGUGAUGCAGCAGAAGAGAUUGACCUGACUGUAGUUUACCAAGCAGCAGCUAAUGGUGAUGUGAACACACUAACUGCAGUGAUUCGAGAAGAUCCUUCCAUCCUGGAGUGCUGCGACAGUGAGGGUUGCACACCUUUGAUGCAUGCUGUGUCAGGACGCCAGGUCGAUACCGUGAAGCUUUUACUGAAGAUGGGAGCCAAUAUUAACACACAAGAUGCUUGUGGACGUACCAGUCUAUCUGUGGCAACUUAUCUGGGAUGGCUGGAAGGCUGUGUAAGCCUGCUCAGAAACGGUGCUAAGCAGAACAUACCUGAUAAAAAUGGGAGGUUGCCACUACAUGCUGCUACUGCAGAGCCUGAUGUGAGGCUCCUGAAUGUGCUUCUGCAGCAGUCAAAUCUUAGUGAAAUUAAUCAUCAGGACAAUGAGGGAAUGACUUCACUCCACUGGGCUGCUUUCCACAACAGGCCCCAGCACGCACAGACCCUGCUGCACAAGGGAGCAGACCUGACCCUGGUGGACAAAGACUUCAAAACCGCGCUGCACUGGGCCGUUCAGAGUGGCAACAGGAUCCUCUGUUCCAUCAUCCUGGACCACUACCAGGGACCGUCAAUAAUCAACUACGAUGAUGAGAAUGGCAAAACAUGCAUGCACAUUGCUGCUGCAGCAGGCUACAGUGAUAUUAUCAGCGAGCUGGCUAAAGUCCCGGAGUGCAACCUGCAGGCCCUUGAUGUGGAUGACAGGACGCCUUUGCACUGGGCUGCAGCAGCAGGGAAAGCUGACUGUGUGCAGACACUGCUAGAGCUGGGGAUAGACAGCAGCCCUCGAGACAUCAAUGAAAACACUCCUCUGACAUAUGCAAUGUACUGUGGUCACACAGCGUGCAUCAAGCUGCUGUCUCAGGAGAGCAGUAGAUCUGAGCUGGUUCAUCAGUUUCCCUCUCCAAACAAUAGAAUCCUAAAGAAAGAAGGAAGAUUCAGUAUGCUGAACAACAUCUUCUCCUGCAAAAAGAAGAAAGAGGACCAGAAAACCAAUCAGAAAGAUAGAAGCAGAGACAGAUAUCCUACAGAAGAGACUUCGGAAGUAGACGACAUCAUCACCACUUUUGAUUGCAUCAUGGACACAAACUGCAAAGACAUCCUGGAUGAGUGUGUGACCACCACUGACUUCAAAAGAAGGAGCACAGACACAAAGUACCUCAUACCAGAACAGAAGCCUCCAGACUGUCAUGGUCUUCUGCCUAUCCGAACCCAGAGCCUCCCCCCAAUCACGGUGGGCAAUUCCUUCCUCACUGCUUCCCAGAGCACAGCUUCAAGCAUCUCCUCCAGCACCAGCAACCACCAUUUUGCACACAGGUCUCAAAAGAGCAGGAGUGAACAUGACUUGCUGGAUCACAGAAGCAGCUGCCAGGCUUUGCUGGACAACCCCUGGAACACAGAGUCUAACCAAAUACACUCCUACAAAGUCUGUACCAAAACUCCUGCAGACAAAAUGAUAAAUGGCAUAAACUCUGAUAGAUCUCACCAUGUGCUUUUGUGCCCUCCCCGCCUUCCCUCACUCCCCAGGUCUCCAUCAGGUAAAAACUUUCAACAGAUGUCCACGGGCCAACCCAAAAUAAAAGAUCUUUCUCCAGUACGGAACAGCCUAGCUCCUAUAUCUAACCACUGUGCUCAAAAAAUUCAGCUACCAUCUCAGGGUGAUAAGAAGUUUAAAUCCCUGCCUUUAAAUUCCUUAAGGACUGGAGCUGUCAUUCUGCCACCAGCCCCAACCUCUAGAUCCCAGAAGAGGGGACAUUCUCAGAGUCAUAUGCUAUAUUCUUUCUUGCCUGGUCUAUCAGGAGAGCCUCUGAAACCAAGCCGUGUCCUACCUGCAAUCCCAAGCCAGAAGAAAUCCAACCCUGCAGAAGAGCUUGAGAAAUCCCUCACCAACAAAGACAUUGAAAAUUAACUCAUUGCACUGGCAUCAAACACAUCAGCUGAAAUACAUCCAAGAGCUUGUUACAAGAUAGGUAUACAGUAAAAUCUCAUUAAUUUGCACUACUGAUGCUCUUGUGAACUGGAGUGUAAAAAAAAAAAAAAAAAAAAAAAAAAAAAAGAAGGAAAAGGGUAGCGCAUCACAAAAGCUGCACUGUGUAUUUAUAUAGGCAUACUCAUAGUUUUUGUUAUGAUGGAAAUACUAAAGCUGUAUUUAAUGUUCUGUAAAUCUAUUUCGUGAAUGGAGCCCUCAUAACAUGCAAUCUUGUUGCAGCACUGUGCUGUCAAGCCUUCCCUAGAAAACAGGAAGAGUAAGAUUUUCUGUGUGAUUUAAGUCAGAAUCAGAGAACUACAAAUCAAUGGGGAUUCUCCGCAGAUUGUAAGUGCAAGGGUGCUUCUUCUGAAGCUGUGUGCCAUCAAAAAUAUCUUUUUAAGAUAAAAAAUGUAAGCUCAAAAUAAAAGGCAAUUUUAUCAAAUGA